CUUAAGAAGGCUCAAGUAAAAGAUUUAGCAGAGUCGUGGUUGGUUUCUGGCAACACUUGCUUCCUUCGGUCUUCUUCCCUGCUAAUGGCUUUAGUGAAUCGUUUUGUUCGCCGAACUUAAUCUCUAAGCAGCCCUGAAGGAGCUCCAUUACUUUUGCAUCUGUGGAAUUGGCAAGAUGGUGAAAAAAAAGAACCCUCUUGUGUUUUUGGACACAUCCAUUGAUGGGGAUCCUGCAGAAAGGAUUGUUAUUGAGCUUUUUGCAGAUGUGGUUCCUAAGACUGUAGAGAAUUUCCGAGCACUUUGUACUGGUGAGAAAGGUAUAGGCACUUCUACUGGGAAACCUCUGCACUACAAAGGAACAAUCUUUCACCGCAUUAUCAAAGGAUUUAUGGCUCAGGGGGGUGAUUUUUCAAAGAGAGAUGGCACUGGUGGAGAAAGUAUAUAUGGAGGGAAGUUUGCAGAUGAGAACUUUAAACUGCUUCAUGAUGGCCCUGGUCUUCUCUCUAUGGCAAAUGCUGGUAAAAACACAAAUGGGUCCCAAUUUUUCAUCACAUUCAAGCCUGCACAGCAUCUUGAUGGGAAGCAUGUUGUUUUCGGAAAAGUUGUGCAAGGAAUGGACAUUGUUAGAAAACUUGAACAGGUGGACACAGACCAGCAGGGGAAACCAUCAGUUCCUGUGAAAAUUGUGGACUGUGGUGAAUAUUCUGGAAAAGAUAAAGAAAAAAAGAAGAAGAAACCAGGAAAGACUGUUUCUUCUGAUGUAUCUGAGGAGAGAGGAAGGGGGAAACAUAAGAAGUCUCUUAAGGACAGAAGGAAGAGGAAAAGGAGAUUCUCUUCAUCUGAUUCAUACAGCUCUGAUACAGAUUCUGACUCCAAUUCUUCUGACAGUGAUUCACAGUCAGAUUCUUCCAUGUCAGAGUCCAGUUCAUCCAGUUAUGAAAGGCGUAGGAGGAGGAAGAAACUGUCUAAAAGAGACAGGCACCGUUAUGGGAAAAAGAGAAGGGAUCGGCGAAGGGAUAAGAGGCGAAGGCUGCGUGAUAAAAGAUCAAAACGCAGAUACAAGCGGAGUUCAGAUAGUUCCAGUGAAUCAGAGACUGAUAAUACUAGUGGAAGUAGUUUGGAUGAUGAAAAAACUGAUCAGAGAGGAAAGCAUUUCACUCCACCUGUCCCUGUAAAAGAGGCAAUUUUAGAUAAGAAAAAGAAAGAAGAGCUGAAAACCACUGAGGAAAAUUCGUCACACGAAGAGGGUGAAUUUUCCCGAGAGAACGGGGAAUUUUUGAACAAUGGGCUUGGGAAGAAAACCAAAUCUGACAAAACUGUGAAUCAACAACCUGAUUCAGAUGAUAAUUCAAACAAGUCCAGGAGUCCAACCAUCAGCCCUAAGUGUAAUGCGAGCUUGAGUCCUAAAAGAAGUCCAAGGAAGAGUCCGAGAUUACAAAGUAAUAUCCGAAGUCCUGCUAGACGGUCCAAUGGGCAUAGUCGUGCUAGUUCUUCUAGGAGUCCAAUAAGGAGCCCUGUCCGUAAAACUCCUCAACCUUCUGCUUCUAAUCGUGGCAGGAGUUUGACAAGAAGCCCUUCUCCUGAUGGUACUUCAAAGCGUAUUAGGAGAGGUCGUGGCUUCGAUGAGCGCUAUUCUUAUGCACGUCGGUACUGGACUCCAUCUCCAGAGCGCUCUCCUCCGAGGUUCCACCGGUAUGGUGGGAGAAAUGUGCCAGAUAGGUACCGAGAUAGGUAUUCAAGCUAUAGAAGUUAUACCGAGCGCUCACCUCUAAGACGAAACAGAAGCCCACCAAGAGGCAGGAGUCCCCCCAGAUACCGGAGCAGGAGAAGUCGUAGUAGGAGCAUCUCACGCAGCCCAGUUGGUUACCGUGGCCGUGGAAGAGAUCGCAGCCAGAGCCCUAGACAUAGUCGAAGUCCAGUGAAUGAGCGACCUACCAUCAGUGACAAGCUCCGGUCACGGCUUGGGCCCAGAGACGAUGACCGCCUUCCUGAAAAAGGGAGGUCAAGAUCAAACUCAAGGAGCCGCCGGAACUCAUCUCAUUCGAGGUCUUCAGCUGAUGCAGGUCCAGGCAAUCCUGGGGACAAAACAAGCUCACGAUCUCUGAGCAGGUCUAGAUCCAGUUCCCCACGUGGACGUAAGAGUUUGGUUUCCUAUGGUGAUGCAAGCCCUGAGGCGGGGACAAGGUAGUUCAGA